UCGGAACUCGAACUCGAACGUCGAAUGUUAUUGAAGCCAUCAUUCAGCCUGUUGUUUCUCAAUCUCAAUACAUAUUUUUCACAAUUUCGUUUCGUCGUUGGCGUUUGGCGUUUUUUUGAUUUGCGAUUUCACGCCGUCGCGUAUUUUGUUUCGUUUAUCGUUAUUCGUUUGCGAUUUGUUGGCGUUCGCGUUCGCCGUAAUCCGCAGUAGGCUGUGCUGUAGCUGUAGCCUGGUAGCCAGGUAAAUUUCAUAUUUCGUCAAUCGUCAUUUUGCGAAUCGUGAAUCCGAGUCAAGUGCGUCGCGUUAAUUGUUGUGCAAACAAACGGAAUAAUAAUACGUACAGAAAUACGAAACGAAACGAACCAACCAAGUACUCGUCCGUCGUAAUCGUAAUUCUAGAUUAGAAAAUUACUGCGAAGUGAUGAGAUGCGAUGCGAUUGCGAUGCGAUGUGAAGUGAAGUGAUAUUGUGAUGUGAUGUGAUGUGAUAUGGUGUACUGUAUAACACUGUACGGUGAAUCGGUGAAUCGGUGAUAGUAGUGUAAGUGUCAGUGUCGGGACGAGUGUUCACUGUUUGGUGGUGCAUUGUGUUUUGUGCUGGCGCUGGGUAAUGCACCCUAAUACGAGUAAUACAGUAUUGUUACCGUUGAUAAGUUAAUGUUGUACGUAUAAUUAUUAUUCGUAUUGCUCGUAUGAAUGAAAACUAUACGCUGUAUUAUGCGUUGCGAUGAGAUUACGAUGCGAUGGUGGCGAUGAUGGUGCCGACGACGACGACGACGACGACGACGAUGCCAAUUGUGAUGAUGGUGAAGGUGAUCGUAAACUCAAACACAAACAGCGAUAGCGAUAGCGAUCAUUUGUAUUGCCGCGGAUUGUUUUCGAUUGCGUGCGGUGCCGCGUGAUUUGCUGGGCCUGUCCAGUGCCAGUGCCAGUGCCAGUGUCCAUGUUGGCGUUCGCGUUCGCGCUGAUUGAUACCUAGGUAAUAUUUUGUGUGUGGCCGUUCCGUUGCAUGGUUUGACACCUACAGCGCCAAAGGGAUACCUACGACAGACACCUACUUGAUAUCCAAUUCCAAUUCCAAUCGCAGCCAACCAUGACAAGUCAACCGAGAAAGUUUAGCGAGAAGAUAGCUCUUCACAAUCAGAAACAGGCUGAAGGCGAUGCAGCUUUCCAACAAAUUAUGCGCGAAGUUACCGAUGUCACGAGCCUUAAUACCGCGCGAAGUUGCAAAAAACUUGAACGUAGCGUGGGCAUUUCACAAAGUUGCGGCGGAGGUUCUUUACCGAAUGUUAAUAAUAUCGCCUCUCGCAGUAAUUCGCCCUCGGCGGCUUCUUUCAUUAAGCCGGCUCGUAGUAAUCUGGAAGAAAUGCACUGCAGCAGAGUGGACUCGACAACGGCCGCGCCGGCGAGCACGGGGCCGCGAGAAAGAGGUCGCAGCGUCGGUUCCGUCGGCCCUAUGCGUUCCAAGCCCGUAGAAAAAAGAGUAGACACGUCGCCGUAUUCGUGCGGCCCGUAUUUAUCGCCGCCUUCCACCGAUCUUAGUUGGCGUAGAACUAAUUCCGAUUCGGCGCUUCACCAGAGUGUUCAAAAUCCCAGUAAUACUCUUCACAGUCCGGGAUCUCAAAGACGAAUUACCACAUUGGAUAAUCGUCAACAUUACGAUCCAUCUAGAACGCGACAUCUUUCUGUAUCAUCGGAUAAAAGGCCGCGAUCUUGUUGCGAUGUUCCCAACAGUAUACCUGACAUCAACAUUUUCCCGUCGCAACAAGAACCGGGCACCAUUCAGAUACCCAUCAAUAACAGUAAUACCGGUUCUUUGCCAGACCUGACGAGCUUCCAGUUUUCAUCGCCUAUCCACACUCCUUUAGAUCAAGAUGACCAUCAAAGUUCUACUUACAGUAGCGCGAGUCCGCAAUGCACUAGUCCUUCCACGUUAUCGCCUACUUCAUUACCGCCCAGAACACCGGGAAGAUUUUCAUUUGGCAGUACUCCGCCUCACGAAUCUUCUGGGCCUCCAUCUUACGCUUCUGUUAGUCCUCCGAGUCCCGGUGCUUCGACUCAUUUGUCAGUGCCAUACGCGAAUUCGGGAUUUAUUCGUAAGCAAGGCUAUAAUAUGCUCGAUAGCAGUCCGGUGGAGUCCGGUAAUUAUCAUUUGCAGCAGCAGCAGCAGCAGCAGCAACAACAACAACAACAACAACAACAUCAGCAGCACCAACAACAGCAGCAGCAGCAGCAACAACAACAGUUACUAAUACAUAAGCAACAAUCAUUGAAUCAUCAUCAGCAGCAGCAGCAACAAUCGCAGCUGUCUAAACAAAUUUUACAACAGCAAAUGCCGUCGAGUCAUCAUCAUCAGCAGCAGCAGCAGCCGCAGCCUCAGCAGAUGCAACAGUCUCAACGACCUCCUCAAUAUACUUAUCAUCAACAAGCACAGUCGCCUCAACGACAGUCGCCCGUCAGUCCAGUCGAAAUUUCCACGUCCGAUUCCGUCAUCCUGAAUCACCGCAAUUCAUUAACUUCGUACAGAUCUCCGCAGUCGAUUAGCCGACCUAGUCCUCAGUCGUCUCCAAUUUUAAAUAUCAAACAAUAUAAUAAUACUAGUCCGUACAGUAGCGCGCCGCAAAGUCCAACUUCAUCUUGUAAUUCGAUGACCGGCGGAGGCGGAGGCGGCGGCGGCGGCGGCAAUUUGCAACAGCACCAACAACAACAGCAGCAGCAGCAGCAGCAGCAGAAUUACAAUUCGCACAACGAUUAUUUUGUUACGCAAGCUCAAGAAACGUUGCAACAACAUUUCGAGCAAAUCAGAAUGGAUUGGUGCCAAUUAUUAGGUCUGCAAACGUUAGUGGAUACUAAUCCUUUGUGGAUGACUGAAUCUUUGCAGUUGGACAGUCCUGUUUCUCCUUCAGUCGAUCAGAUGCUACCGAUGAGCAAUGGCCCGUCCAACUUUUAUCAACAGAGUGACGAUCUAUGCACAAUGGUCAACUCGAACGAAUUAGCGGCCGAUCAAGGAUAUUACAGUACGUCACCUUCGCAACAGUUACAAUACUGCACUACCGUGAAUAGCGCUCAAACUACGCCAAACACGCCCUCCAGUAUACCAGACAUUGUACUUACAGAUUUCUCGACGACGGGCGAUGAAUCGCGACGUGAUAUGGCGAAAGACUUCAGCUGUGAUAUCGGCCUAUCGAAUUUUUUUCAAUCCGCCGAAGGACUUCGCGAUGGACUCGACCCCAUCGAUUUCGUCGACGGCUUACAAAUGCUGGAACAGCUCAACGAAUCUGCCAACUCGCAGUUUACAUUAGAGCCGUAGGUGCCGCCACGCAACACAAUUUCGCUGUUCAGCGGUAUCCGCAUCCGCAUCCGCAUCCGCAGCACAUCGGCCAUGGUACCUGACCUACCAAAGGACCAUAGGUACAGCUAUGUACUACCUACCGGCUACCGGCGCUGCGUACUACUCGUACGAGUACAAUAUCUAUCUAUAUCGUAUUCGUGUUUUUUUUUUGCUGUUGUUGUUAUUACUGUGUGUGUUCGCGUGUGUACUCGUUCCCCUUCCCCCUCAAUCAUAAUUAUCAUCGUGAUCGCGAUCGUGAUCAUCUGCGAGAGUAGGUACCUGUGAAAUAUUUGUAUUCACUCGCUCGGAAUCGCCAUCCGUCUGUUAGACAUAUCUAUAUAUUUUUCAUUUUUAUCUCGCUUUUUUCGGUUCUUCUUCGUCUUUUCUACGAGCAAUUUUUUUCGCCGCCUUUUUCGCGGGUUGGUUUUACUUUUACUGUUUCGAAUUGCCGCCGCCCCGCGUCUGUCUCCAGUCAGUUUUCUUCGAUGACGCUGAUAUCGAUAUUAGAAUAAUUUCAAUUUUUUCAAAUUCAACAUUACUAGAGAGUUGCGUUGGGAGCAGCUCCUAUUGCCCCUCCAAAAACGUUGAAAAUAUUUCCCUUGAAAAUUCAAAAUCCUCGAAAAACUCCCCACCAACUAUAAGUGCCGAGUGAAAAAUCCCUACAUUUGGCUACCCUGCAACUCUGGCACUCUAGCCACGCCGCGCCGCGCCCACAACGGAAAACAAACUGGCUGCACUGGACUGGGCUGGACUGGGCUGGACAACGAACGGUGUGUUCAGCUCGGGCGCUUCAAAAAUAUACGUAUGUACUAUGUAGUAAAGUGUUCUUUCGGACUUUUAAUAUUACGUAAUUUGAAAAUUUCAAUCUUUCCUUUCUCGAUGACACGACGUGACAAAAAUCUGCACGUGCGAGUAAAACAAAAAUCAUCGAAAUCAGUCGAGUAAGAAGAGGCUUCUGGCUGACAAACUAUCCAACUAUCGCGUCGCCGGUCGCCGGUCGCCGGGUAACCAAAUUUCAACGAAUAUUCUUUCAAAUUCGCCGAAGCAUCCGCAAGUGAGAAAGAAAUACCUACCUACGUAAUAACUAAUAAAAAGGAAACGAUUUUAGGUUAGACGAUUAUUGCGAGUACCUAAAAUUGUAUUUGUAUCGCUUUUUUGUUGGUCGUUUCGUUUCGUUUCGUUCCGUUCGUACGAGUAAGUACGAGUAAAUUGACGCUUCCGUAUUACGACCUGUACCAUAUAUGUGUACUUGGCUACCUAUUUCGUGCGUACGUCGCGUCGCGUGGUACCGUACCUACAUUGUAUACAUUAUAGCUAGGUGUAGGUACCUUUUACCUUACCUAAGUGAUUCUUUACUCCCUUGUUAAUUGUUUAUUUGUUGUUGUUGUUGUUUUUGUUUUUUGGUUUUUCUCGUAUUGUAGAUAUUGUUUUUUGAUGUUUGGUUGGGCAUAUGCAUUUUUGUUUUCACGUCUAGCGUAUCUGGAUAUUCUCGGUGGUUUCAACUCGACAAGGUUCGAUGAAAUUUUGACUGUUUUUUGAAAAUUAGCCGGAUUAGGUGGUGGAGAUGCUACGACGACCACGACCACGACCACGAGUUGAUGUAAUAGGCACGUAAAUAUAUGUCUACGUCGUAAUAUGUAUACCUACGAGUAUGUACCUGCCCAAGUGCCGACUCUUAGACCUAGGUGCGGCUAGCCGAUAGUUACUGUUCAAUUUCCCGAACCACUCCGAGUUCAGAAUAAUACCUAUCGAUAUAGAAUUUUUUUUAUUGAAAAUAGUAAUCCGACGACUGCGACGUUGUAUCUCAACUCAACCUAUGUGAGGUGAACAUACGAGUAUGUAUUACGUAUUAUGUUCUGUAGUUGGUCAAAGCGAAUAGCAGCUCUCGUCCACGCCCUCGCCCUCGUCCGGUCUACUCUACUCUACUAAUACGUAGUGCCUUACCUACUUACUCGUGUUAUAAGAUUGAAAUUUCUUCGUGGCACGACGCGAAAAAAAGAAACGGACGGCCGACGCGACGCGACGUGGCGAAAACUGAGUGAAAAGUUGAGAAAUUCGGCUUCGGCUUCGGCUUGGGCUUGGGCUGCUAUUUUUUGCUCUGAAAUCUAUAUUCGUCUACCCAACAUCCCUGAAAGGUACUCGUACAUAGCAGUAGCUGUAUAAGUGUGUAGUGUGUACUGUGCAGCGUACGUACACUAUAUAUACAAUUAUGUAUUGUAUUAUGUACAUUGUACACACACACGUGUACAGAUUCCGAUUCAAACUACUUACAUAAUCCGUGUUACGAUGAAUUCGAUGUACCUCUACCUACUACCUACUAGUGGGGUUGCUGCUGCGGCUCCUUUUUCCGAAGCAUCUCUCACCACCCGACCACCCGUAACUUACCGUAACCUGCGACAAGCGACAAGCGACCAGACAUUAAGAUAACCAGUUACAUUUCGCUUUCUUUCGCCAUUCGCCAUUCGCCAUUCGCCAACGUGCGACUCGACGUUGCGACUGCGACUGCGACUACGUCUACGUCGAGUCACGCCUUGAAAAUGCGUGUUUUGUUUUUGUUGCGUUGUUUUUCUUUUCUCGAAAGACGAGUUAAAAGGCUUACCCCUCCCCUCCUCCCUUGUUUCUUUUUUCGUCGUUUUUAUUUCGCGUUGUUUUUGGUCGUUUCGAUUUUCACCUCUGUCGUUGGAAAUCAUCUCUUAAUUGGUACCUAUUUUUUAAGUUGUUAUUUUAUCAAAUUUGAGAAAUGAAAAAAUCGUUUAUUGUGAUAAUAAUUUUAUAAUACCUACGUUUAAGUUGUGUACUUAGUUGAUAAGGUCGCGCACUUCAACUCUUAAUAACGUUCUUUUACCUUUUGUUCGUUUGUGUGUUUGUUUGUUAGUGUGCGAGUGUGAAUGUGUUUUUUUAUUUUUUUUUUUUUCAACGUCAGAACGCGUGGAGAAAUCUGCGGAAAUGAAUGACGUUUUUGCGUGUGUCUGUGCUCUGUGUACAUAAUUUGGAUAUCUUUUGCACCUACUUCUUUUAUAUGUUGAUAGAUAUGUACAUGCGUAGAUUAACUAUCUACCUACCGUUUGUUAAUUUGUUAUUGUAACUAUCCGCUAUCUUUAUAAAUUAGAUAUUACAUAUUAUUAGAUACUAUUAUUAUUGUUUUGUCAUUCUUAUUACGCGUAUCAUUAUCGCGAGUCCGAGUACCAUUGUUUUGUGUUUUCUCAAAAUUUGUGUCGAGUGUUAUGUUACAAACGAAUACGAAUUGUUUGAUUACCCAAAACGCGCAAAGUACUUAGGUACAUAUUUGGCGUUCGCCAAUUCACCAAUUCGCCAUCGCGUGGAUACGUAACUAAGCUUGAAUUUUUCUAUUUCGAGUUUUCUUUUUAUUUCUUUUUUUCAUAGGUCUCAUUUUUUCUAGUUGUUCGCGUUUACGGUUAUUUUAUUCUUUUUUUUCUCGUUUGUUUGUUUACCUAUUUGAUUGUUGUUUUUUUUGUCAUUUUUACCCCAUCGCUGUCUCUUUCCGUGUACCUUUUUUCCCUCUAUCAUCUGUUUGUCUGUUCUGUCUGUCUCUCUCUGUUUUUUUUUUUUUUUGAUAAGUCAUUAUUAAAUCUUACUUACUUACGGUUUUUCUGUAACAUAUUAAAAAUUAAAAUACCUAUCGCUGUUACUGUCGCUAUCUAUCUAUAUCUAUCUAUGUAUGUAUACCUACGAGUAGAAUUGUCGUGUCCGUGUACGUCUACGUGUACGUGUAGUGUACUUAUACAUAUUAUGACGACGAUGUUGUUACUACAAUUUUGUUAAUUCCGAUCGGAGUGUGUCAAGUGUUAUUUUUCGAUUAAGAUUAAUUUUGUUUUCUAUACCUAGGUAUCUAUUUGUGUAUCGUUUAGGUCUUGUACAUUAACAUUAUUACGUACGUGUAUUUGUUGUUCAAAGAUCUUCGUUUUAUGUUUUCCAUAAAAAUUUACAUUUUCUUGUUAUAAUUUUGAUACUUCUUUCUAGACGUCCUAAUAAACAUUCUUUUUAUUUUGUUAA